AUGGGUGCCGUUGGGAGCCCUUUGGUCUUUGCUGUGGGCAUCCUAGGCAACAUCCUGUCGUUCCUGGUUAUCCUGGCGCCGGUGCCGACGUUCUACCGUGUGUACACGAGGAAGUCGACGGAGUCGUUCCAGUCAGUUCCCUACGCGAUGGCGCUGCUGAGCGCAAUGCUGUGGCUCUACUACGCGCUGCUCACCAAGGACCUCCUCCUCCUCACCAUCAACACGGUGGGGUGCGUCGUCGAGUCCGCCUACCUCGCCAUCUACCUCGCCUACGCACCCAAGCAGGCCAGGGCCUUCACCGUCAAGCUCGUGUGCAUCAUGAACAUGGCGCUCUACGGGGCCAUGGUCUGCGUCCUGCAGCUGUUGGUCAAGGACGGCGAGAGCCGCGUCACCAUCGCCGGUGGCAUCGGCUCCGCCUUCGCGCUCGCCGUCUUCGUCGCCCCUCUAGCCAUCAUCAGGCAAGUGAUCAGGACCAAGAGCGUGGAGUUCCUGCCCUUCUGGCUAUCCUUCUUCCUCACCAUCAGCGCCGUCGUCUGGUUCUUCUACGGCCUACUCAUGAAAGAUUUCUUCGUAGCGGCACCCAACGUGCUGGGGCUGCUGUUCGGGCUGGCCCAGAUGUCGCUGCACCUGGUGUACAAGAACCCCAAGAAGAAGGGCGCCGUGUCGGAGGUCCAGGUCCCGGCGGACGACGAGAAGAACCAGCUGCCACUUCAGCAGCAGCAGGAGGCCGGCACAACGGCACACGUCGUUGCGCCGAUCAUCGAAGGCGACGAGGAGGUCGUGAACGGCAGGGAGGACGACGUCGGCGGCGACAAGCAGCAAAGCGUGUCCGUGGUGGACAUCGUGCUGCCGCCCCCCGAGGAGCACCCCACACUGCCGCCGGUCGACCACCCUGCGCCACUGCCGCCCAUGAGAAUGGCCGUCGAGGUGGUCUGA